CCGUUCGUAGGCAGUUUAAUAGGCCUUUGAGUAUAGUUCACCUAGUAAAUUACAAAUUUAAGCUUUCAAAAAACGAAGCCAGUAAUCAAACAUGUCAACACCGAAUUUUCUCUUAAGCAAUGGUAAAAAUAUGCCAAUGUUGGGUCUCGGAACUUGGCGGAGCCCCCCGGAAGUGGUGACCCAAGCAGUAAAGGAUGCCAUUGACAUAGGCUAUCGCCAUUUUGACUGCGCCCACGUGUACGGAAAUGAGGCUCAAGUGGGAGCCGCUCUCCGGGAGAAAAUGGACGAGAGGGUGGUCACACGCGAUGAACUCUUCAUCACGAGCAAACUGUGGAACACACACCAUAAGCCGGAACUGGUGCGCUCUGCAUGUGAGACCAGCAUGAGGAACUUGGGAGUCAAGUACCUAAACCUCUACCUGAUGCACUGGCCCAUGGCCUACAAGUCGGGCAAUGACAACCUAUAUCCCACGUGUCCGGACACAAAUAAGGCCGCGUUCGAGGACAUCGACUACGUGGACACCUGGCGUGCAAUGGAGGAUCUGGUGGAUGAGGGGCUGUGCCAGGCCAUCGGUGUGUCCAACUUCAACGAGCAGCAGAUGAAUAGACUACUGAGUGUGGCCAAGCUAAAACCGGUUGUACUACAGAUCGAGUGCCAUCCGUACCUGAGCCAGAAGCCAUUGAUUACCCUGUGCUAUGACAAUGCCAUUGCUGUGACCGCCUACAGCUGCCUGGGAUCGGGACAUACGCCCUACGAGAAGCCCGGCGCAUAUCCACUGCUCCAGCACCCGACCAUCUUGGCCAUAGCCGAGAAAUACGAAAGGACUCCGGCACAGGUGCUGCUCCGCUACCAGACACAAUCGGGCAUAAUCGUUAUCCCAAGAUCUGUAAGCAAACAGCACAUGCUGGACAACUUCAAGCGAAUCUGGGACUUUGAGUUGGCCAUCGACGACAUACAGGCUAUUCACGACUUGGACUGCAAUGGUCGCUUUAUGACCAUGAAGGCGGCCUAUGGACAUCCUCAUCACCCCUUUGAGCCCGUACUGGCAAAGUAGAUUACUAAUGAUAGGAGUUUAAGUAAUUUUAAAAACUGGUUGUCUUCAAUGUGAUGAGUAUGAUUAUGUGCGGCAAUCUCAAGUUAUACUAAUGAUGUUCCAGGUACUUCCUUUAUACUGAGGAGACAAGCAUAAUUAUUGUUAUACAAUGUACAUAUUUACGAUAAUAUUAGUGA